AUGAAAAAUAAUACAGUGGACCAGAUAAUUCAGCUUUGCGAGCAGCUUGAUGUCCUGCUUUGUCUGAUCUGCGAGGCAGCUAUCAAACCCGAGGUCGAUAAGGUGGAAGGUAAGCGCGGACGGGAGUACGUAAUGCUUCAGUCACUGCGCAAAGCCCCGCAUGCAAGGUACUGGAUCGUCAACCCAGCGCGGGGCGCCGAAACCACCGACGCCGAUGGCGAUCCGGCCACUGAACGCGCUGACGAUGGCGUAACUGCUGGGGAUGCUCUACUACCGCAGACCGUCCGGGCAUGUGAGAAGGAUCUAAAGAAGGCAGAGACGGAACGGCAACGUCAGGUAGAGGCACCAGGCGGAGUCGACACCGAGUCGAGAUGGGUGCAGUUUAUGAAAUGGUCGGCGCACUUGCAGCAGAGGGACAAACCGACGCUGUACCAGGCGGGGCUAUCACCGGCUUCUGCCGCAGUCGAGCAGCGGAUGUGGCCCCGCGAGCGCCGUGAAGCGAACCAGAGGCUACGUGAGCUGACCGAGAGUUUCCGGCGCGAGCUUGGCCGUUGUAUGGAGAGGCUGGAUAGGGUGCCGGACGAAACGCUCGAGUGGCUCGGCAGCAUUGACCCGACCAAGCCGGUAUCGACCCCGUUCGGCCGAAAGCAGCAGUCAGAUACGAUGGACAGGUACAGUGCGUGCUGGCAGCGGUACUUGUGCUAUUGCGUCCGGAUUCAGGCGCUUGGGCGCGAUGGGGCCAAGGCAGAGCACGGUAUCCGAUUUACGGAAGAGCAGUGGAAUUCCCUGGCUGACAUCGUCCAGCGACUUGAUACUGUUGUCGACAAGAAGAAGAGGCAGGGGCAGCAGCAGGUCACGAAGGGCAGCAGAGAAGGGGAUAGAGGAGAGGGAGAAGAAGAAGAAGAAGAAGAAGAAGACCCCGAUAAGGAGGCACUUGAUGAGGCUGUCUUCGACUUCUGCAUCAAGUCGAUUAAGCAGAAGCUUGGGAAGAAGCAGUACUACAACCCGCUGCUCCACUUCACGGCUGUACUGGGUGUCAAGGAGGAUGGCACGUGGGUACCGUCCCACACACAUACCCGGUUUCUCGCCGGUUUCUUAUGGUGCGGGCGGAUUCUGAUGCUAGAGCACUUCUUUGAGGACGACCCGUACGACUCCGACGACUCGAAUUGCGACACGAGCUUUGCGGCUAUCGAUCGGUUCCAGAAGGGUCAUCGCGACUGGCUCGCAACCGGCUCGUAUACACCGUUCAGUGCUAUUAUCCAGUGGAUGACGUACGGGAGGGGCUACCGUAAUCAGGAAGGUGGGCAAGCGCGGGUGCUAUGGGACAGUAAUGGCAUGACGCUCAACUAUCUGGGCGACAAGAUCACCGUAAACAGCUUUCAACGGGCAGCACAGGCAUUCGUGCGAGAAGCGGAGGGCUGGCUCGACAAGCUUAUGGACGGACAAUGGAGUCAGAUCCGCGAAACAAUACGGCUACAGGACAUCGCCGAUAGCUUGGUGUUUGAGGGCCCAGGGCGGUCAUUUGCGACGAACCGGAAGAAUGCAUGGCUCAAGCCGGGUGCAGAGAAGUUAACGAGGCUGUUGGGCACGACGCUGUGGAAGAUCGUCGAUGCAGGGAACGGCGGUAGUCGGGUCGAGUGCCGUAAACGGGCGAUGGAUGAGUAUCUUGGCUGGCUGCGGCAGUUCCGGUCAAGUAUGUUCCCGGUUGUGCAUGUAUGGGGAGGGCAGCCCGGGCGAGGUCCGGAGGUGUCAACGCUGAAGCACUGCGAUACCGAUCAGCUGCCGAAGAACGUGUUUGUCUUUGACGGGCAGGUGGUGCUCAUCACAGACCGGGACAAAAGCAAGGGAUUGAAUGGCAAGCAAGGCCGAAAGGUAGCGCGUUUCUUGCCUGAGGGCCCAAGCUUGAUGAUGGUGGCAUAUGUCGCAUGGCUGCUGCCGUUUGAGAAGGUGCUGCAUCGGCUCUCUGGCAUUCGAGGCCCGUCCGAAGCGAUCAGCCCGUGGCUAUGGAAGUCGGCCGAGAAGGGGAUCUGGGACACGGCAAAGCUGAGCAAGCAGCUCGCGCUUGUCACAGGUGUACAGAUUGGGGUUCAGCUAACUGUUUCAAGCUACCGGCAUGUAGCUAUUGAGAUGGGUCGUCGAAUCAAGGGAUUAAUUGUUCAGCAAGUUGAACUGGAAGCCGCCGUGGCGGACAGCGACGACGAGGCGGCCGAUCCGUUAACUGGAGAAGCACACCGACGACCGAAAGUUGAGUAUGUAUGGGACAUCCAAGCGACACACGGAAGUCGAAUCGCACGGAAUCACUAUGCCGUCAAUCUUCAAUUUCCGAGUCAGUUGCAGCCGGAGAUGUUGUCAAAUUUCCGGGAGAUCAGCCGUCUGUGGCAUGAAUUUCUGGCCCGAACUGAUGGUGAUUUCGGUGACAGGAAACGCCGGGCUCAUGACGACGAUAUUAUGCCGGUAGUCGACAGAUCAGCAAAGAGGCAAAGGCUUGCUAUAGACCGAGAGCAGGCAACUUCACCGAGACUCCCGCUGGAUGGCGACUUGGCCCCCCGCUAUGAGGAUGCAGAGAUAGAUGCUGGGCUGAAGCGUAUGCUAGGCGAAGACGCAGGAUGGAAGACGGCGCAGCAGCGCGAUGGCAUGUACCGGAUUAUGCGACUAGAGAAUGACGGCAUCCGGAGCGAGUUGCUUAUCGUGGUGCUGCCGACAGGCGGUGGCAAAAGCAUUUUAUUUAUGCUGCCGGCUUUUAUGGAAGACGAACGAGGCACGGGUGGAGGACCGGUCAGUAUUGUGGUUGUCCCGUUUGUAUCUCUUGUGCAGGACUUGGUUUCAAGGGCACGCGAGCUCGGCAUCGAUUGCAUGGAAUGGAGAAACGAUAUCGAUCAAGAGAGGGAUGAACGGCAGCGGGACGCGCGGUUGGUAGUGGUCAGUGCCGAUGUGGCCGUGAGCGAAGGAUUCACCGCAUACGUCGAGAGCAUUCGGGGUCGAGGGUUGCUGGAAAGGGUGUUCUUUGACGAGUGUCACACCGCUAUCAUGGACGUCAGCUACCGAGAGCGGCUAGGGCUGCUAACGGGGCUGCACCGGUUCGGGUGCCCGCUGGUGAUGCUUACUGCGACGCUGCCGGUGUCGAUGGAGGAUUGGUUCCGGGAGCGAAUGCUGGCACAGGACGCAACAAUCAUCCGAGCUCCGACGAUGAGGGUGAAUAUUCGGUACCGAGUGAAGCAGCACGAGUUAGUGCAGUGCAAGACUGGGUCGAUGGGCGGGACGGUCAGCGGUGGAUUGCGGCAACGACUGGACUGGGGACCGGUGUCGACAUCAGGGGCAUCGUUGGUGUAA